UCGUUCACCUUCGAAGUUCGAACCAUCAAAGACCCACAAAACCCCCAUCAAAUGAUUGAAAGCCUACAGAACCUUUGGCAAGAGGUUCGCGACCUAACCGUAGGCCCCCCGCCCCGCGUCGACCGCCUCCCAUCGCCGCCGUCCCCCCUCCAGUUCCUCCGCCACUACGUCGCCCCCAACAAGCCCUGCCUCAUCUCCGCCGCCGUCCCCGACUGGCCGGCCCUCUCCCUCUGGCCCUCCCCCUCCUACCUCCGCGAAACGCUAGCCUCCACCGCCGUCUCCCUCCACCUCACCCCCACCGGAAAAGCCGACGCCCUCGCCCACAUCCCCCGCAACUCCUCCCCCUGCUUCGCCGCCGCCCACGUAGAGAAGCUCCCUUUCCCGGAAGCUCUGGAUCUGGUGACGGCGUCGGAUUUGGGGGAAACCAAGAGAGUGGCGUACCUCCAGCAGCAGAACGACUGCUUUCGGGCCGAGUACGGGCCACUGGCGGCGGAUUGCGAGGAUCACGUGCCGUGGGCCAGCGAGGCCCUCGGGUGCCUGCCGGAGGCCGUGAAUUUCUGGGUGGGGAACAGAUUUUCUGAGACUUCUUUCCAUAAGGAUCACUAUGAGAAUCUCUAUGUUGUGAUCAGUGGGGAAAAGAGGUUUCUUUUGCUACCUCCGACCGAUGUUCAUAGAAUGUAUGUUCGAGAAUAUCCGGCGGCUCAGUAUAUAUAUCACCGGUUGUGUGAUUCUGGACAAUCUCGAGGAGUUCUGGUUCACUGUUAUAGAGUCAGGACAUUAGAGUUGAAGACGCUUUUGAAGGUCGAAAUUAGAAAAUGUAAUCUUUUAAAGGACAGUGAGGAGUUUGAAUUGGAGCUAGAGGAUCCAGUUAGAAAAGUCCCUUGGUGCAGUGUGGAUCCAUACCCUUCACCUAACGAUAAACCGAGUGCAAUCGAGAAGUUUCCUCUGUAUUUCAAUGGACCAAAGCCGUAUGAAGUCACUGUCAAGGCCGGAGAAAUGCUUUAUCUGCCCAGCAUGUGGUUUCACCAUGUUCGACAAAGCCCGGAUGACUCAACACUUACUAUUGCUAUAAACUACUGGUAUGAUAUGCAGUUUGAUACUAAAUACGCGUAUUUUAACUUCCUUCAGUCGAUCCCUCGUUCGUUAUUCGAGAAUCGAGAGAUGUGUGAAACGGCAUCAAGCUCCGAGAAAUGUUUGUUCGAUGACGAAGAUUAGGAAAUUGUGAACACAAGAAUUUGUUUAACAUCUUUUUCUUAUUUAUUAUUACCUUUGCCAUGUGAAUUUUGAACCUCUAGUUAUAUAACUCUGAAACUUUGUGUGAUUAAUUAAUUCAACCUAAUAAAUUAUAAAGCAAAAAAUAUCCUUACAUGAAUUGAGCUGAUUAUAAAAGCCUUGCCCCAUGUGUAUGUAUCAUACAGACAAAUAUUGCACUAUCAAAUCAAAUGAAGUGAGCAAAUUAUUUCUGAAAAUUAUUGAAAAUUCAUUGCUUUAACAAGAUUUCCGACUUGAGAGCGGUUACGAUGGGCACACCUCCCCCCAUGCUUUUGCAGGUGAUCGAAGAUCGAAUUUGGAACCACACUCAAGGUGAAAAAUCCGAUCCAAAAAAUUAAAUUGAUAAAAUAGAAAGAUUUUAGGAUAAUUCUUGUGGAUUUUAAUUACAUAGUUAAAGUUUUUUGAGUUCACUCUCGGGCACAAAGAGGCCAUGGAAGCCGUCGGGUACCCGUUGAGGCAGCUUAAUGGCGGCUAUAAUGUCGAGUGUUGGUGAUUUUGCGUCCAUGACCAAGAAUGUUGACUCUCUAACGAGCUCGUCGUGCAUGUACGUAAUUAGGUAUCCGUCAUCCUCGUCAGCAUUCGGAUUAUUCGGUUCUCGAGGCACAAAAAACGGCUCCCCCCCAUUGCAGCCCGGCCCGUACAGACGUCUGGCGACUGUGCAGUCAUCCCCGUUGAUCGACAGGUCGAGUUUCACUAUGCCUUUCCAUGAUGUCUCGUCUGUUAUGGCUGCGUACACGUAUCUGCUCGACAUCAGACGCAUACGCCGCGUUGAUAACCCCCAAAUCCAUAUUCUCCGGCGACAGCACCUCCCUCCCCACCACCCUCCCUCCGGCAACAUCAAUCGUUAUCCUCUCCAUCCUCAGCCCCGCCCGCCGGAAGUCCUCCACGAACAUCCCCA